UUACAGGAAAGGCUGAACCAGGAGUAUGAAGACGAACAACCGGAACCGCAGUUCAGUAGGUGCUGGAAGAUGGCCUUCUUCGGCCCCACGCUGGCCUUCCUGGUCCUGGCGCUGGCGGUCAUCUCGCUGGGAAUCCUGUUCAGCGCGCGCGCCAUCACCGUGACCACGGCCCAGGGCCCCCUACAAGGCCGCCAGCUGGACGUGAUGGGACGCCGGGUCUUCGCCUUCCUCGGCGUGCCUUACGGCCAGAGCACGGCCGGUCGAAGCAGGUUCGCGCCCGCGCUGCGGGCCCUCCACUGGGAAAAGAAGCUGGCCGUCUCGCUCGGCCCGCCGUGCCCGCAGGGAGCCCUGCCUGCGGGCUUUGAGCCGUUCGAAAUGGAGCCCAGCGAAGACUGCCUGCACCUGAACGUGUGGACACCGCACCAGCCGGACAAGUGUAAAAUGACGCAGUGCCCGCUGCUGCCGGUGCUCGUGCUGCUGUACGGCAGGGACCUGGAGAACGGCUGGAACGGUGCCUACGACGGCAGCAUGCUUGCCUCCAUGGGCGACGUAGUGGUGGUAGUGCCCAACUUCCGCCUCGGGGUCUUCGGCUUCCUCAACGCAGCCUCCAGUGACGCCCCCGGCAACGUGGCCCUCUUGGAUCAGGCCCUGGCAUUCCACUGGAUCAAGGAAAACAUCGCCUCCUUCGGCGGAAAUUCCUCCGAGGUAACCCUCCUGGGCCACGGAUCGGGGGCCACGUCGGCGGGCUACCACCUGCUGAACCAGCGGGACAGAGAGCUUCAAUGGCUGCUGCGGCGCUUCAUCUUCCACUCGGGCACCCCGUUUCGCCUGACCAGGGACAACACGGGCCGUGCCGGGGACAACUUGAGGUCCCUGGCACGACGACUGGCGUGCGCCCGUCCGAACGCCGCCGAGUUGCUCUCCUGCCUGCGGAACAGGAGUUCCUCGGAGAUCACCGCCGCUGCCGCCGGGAUGAAGCAAGAGCUCGGACUGCAGAUCGGGCCGCUGUUUGGGCCAAGCUUCAACGCGUACCCGCUCGAAGGAAGCGAACCCUGGAGGCUACACCAACUGCUCUCUCGGCAGGUGGAAAACCGAGACAUUCUGGUGGGCAGCGUGUUCAGCGACGGUGGCCAGUGGAUCCGAUCUUACGAGGAGGCCGGCGGAGAGGAAGAUGGUCGCCGGCGUAGGAAUCUUGAGUCGUUGGUGCAGAUGUGCUCCAGCCAGCUGGAUCAGCUCCAACUUCCCAACCAAAACCGCGUAAGUGUCGUGACACCUGUACGCGUACAUGCCUUCGAAACAAUGGAUGGGCGCAUCGACACCUUAAAUUGGGUGGUGGCUUGCACCACCAAGCCAGUGAUGAUGAUUAUGGUGAUAAUAAUCGUGCUGUUUCUUCCCCGUGGAUAUACUGGUCGAGCCAGGUCGCGGUCGAAGAAUCCUCGUACUUUCUUGCCCGGACUAAUUCUUAUUCCGCAGCCCUACCUGUUGUCCCUCUACGAACUGAACAACGAGGUUCCCGAGCGGUCACCGUCUUCGAGACUGAUGCAGUGGCAACGUCUCUUGGCCGACGUGUUCUUCGUCUGCCCCGUGCUUUUCUGGGCUACGGAAUUGUCCCGCGUCGGCAGCAAGCUGCGCAUGUUUCGCUUCAGCGACGUGCCAGACCAGGCGGGAACAUUCGUCGACGACCUGAGCCUAGUUCUGGGAGGACCGCUGCUCACCAAGUCGGCGUCGCGACAGCAAGGAGACCUCAGCUUCAGAGUACUGCGCACUUGGGUGUCCUUUGCGAGGGACGGGGACGUCAAAUGGCCCCAGUUCAAGGCGUGGGCCCCGGUGAUGCUGGACAUUCUGCCGUCGGGAUUCGUCAUCCGCAAUCUCUCCGAAGUAGUGACCCGCUGCCGCAGACUCUACCCGGUUCUGUACAGGUGGCAGAGCCAUCAAACACAGCCUCGGCCUCAGACCCCCGUGGACACAACCCUACCUGCUUCGUCCACCGAGGCGUAGGCGGACGUCAUACUUGCCCGCCUGCGAAUAGAAUUUCGUUUGAUGACGCAGCUAUGCCGAUUAGCGCGUAUUGGCGAUAAUUUAUACAACGAGGCUUUCGCCCGAUGGCCAGGCAUCGGUUAGGCACGCGGCAAGCUGAGAAGGCCUCAUAUGUGGAGUGUACGCGUUUCGUUUUAAGAAUGGUUGCUUUCUAUCGAUGUUUGUACUCGUGUAUUCAAUUUGUUGUGGUCCCACUCCUGUCUCUUGCGCUAGAUAAAAGGGAUGGAUCUGAAUGGUGGUUAAUAUUUCGAGACAAGCUAAUAAACAAAAUCUCGUCUAGCGUUGUCAGGUGCUUUACGUCUGUGGGAGGGGGUACUGGUACCUGUACCAUAACCGUUAAAUUAGUGGGGGUGGGGCUGAUAAGGAAACGCCGAGCCAGUAGUAUAGUCCCACACCCCCCAGCAUUGCUUUGGACGUUUAGGUAGAAAUUACUUCAGGCAGAUUUGAAGAUAGUGCUCCAGCACAGGAA